AUGUCGACCACCCGAAAGCUAAAGAGUCAUGGCAUGAGGAGAGGAAAAAACCGAGUUCCUCACAAGGGUGUCAAGAGAGGAGGCAGCAAGAGAAAAUACCGGAAGGGCAGCCUGAAGAGUAGGAAACGGGGCGAUGAUGCAAGUCGCACUUACCGCUCCCACUUGUGA